AUGUCUUUUCUUGAUUCAGAAUGGACAUGGUUGAAUGGUGAAAAUGUGGGCAACUCUCCCUCAACGUUUGAAAGUCCUGGAUCAAGGAGUGGAAGCACAUCGUGGAGAGACACAAAUGGUGAUGUUUGGUUAUUUGGUGGAAGAGGUUUCUCAGAUUUAAUCAGAAAAAAGGCAUUUCUUUUGAAUGACUUAUGGAGAUACAACAUUCAUACAAAUAAAUGGACAUUGGUUCACCCUGGUUCAGUGUCCACCACUGGAGGAACUGUUGAAUUUCGGGAUUUGAAAUGUCCCUCCCCACGUCAGUUAGCCACUAGCUGUGGAGUGACCAAUACAACUCUGAUAAUAUAUGGAGGACAAGGAAAAGGUGAUAAAUCUCUGGGCGAUACAUGGGUGUAUUUUAUUCCAAAACAGAGAUGGUUGUUAUUGGAUAAAUCACAGAUACAAAGUGAAAAUGAGACAUUAGUAAAUACUACUAGUUCAACUGAUGCUGAAACUCUAGCACCAGUACCAAGAAGUGAUGUGGUUUCUUGGUGUUUGGGUGAAAGAAUGGUUAUAUUUAGUGGUUUAGAUCAAAAUAAUCACAUUCUUCAUGACAUGUGGAUAUUAUCAUUAAAAACUUUGAAGUGGAAGGAAAUUAUUUAUAUGACUGAAAUGGGCAAAAAUCAAAGCUUGAAUAUUUUACCCCGAAUUGGAGCAACUAGUUGGGUCUUGAAGAAAAAAAUAUUAUACAUGUUUGGAGGAAAUACUAAAAAUUCCAGUUUUUCUCUACAUUCUACCAGUGGAUAUAUUUCUGAUUUGUGGAAGUUUAAUUUAACAGAUUUUAAAUGGACCAGGAUAUAUGGAACAAGUCAGCUAGAGACUACAGGUGUUUACAGUACUCAGUUUAACUCCAGUUAUAAAACACACCCUGGAAGCCGACAAGGUGCUUUAGGCUGGGUUGACUCUAAAGGCUCUCUGUGGCUUUUUGGUGGUGAUGGAUUAGACAGACUUCCAUCUGGAACAUUUAAACAAUCAAAGCUUCUUUCAGAUGUAUGGAGAUUUCAAAUCCAUACUAAAAUAUGGACAUGGAUGGCUGGGAGUAGUGAUGGAGAGGCUGAUGUAGAAUAUGGCAUUAAAGGGGAGGCAACCAGUGAAGCAUUAAUUGGAGGGAGAUGUAGAAGUAAUGGAUGGACAGGAAGACAUAAUAAGUUUUAUAUAUUUGCUGGUUUAGGACAUGAUAAAUACAACCAAGAUGGCUAUUUAAAUGAUUUGUGGUUGUUGGAUGUGAAUGGAAUUUUAAACUCUGGGAAACCAGUUUGGUAUAUUGUGUUCUUUGUAUUUUGUGUUGUUUCCAUUAUCUUGAUCAUAGUGGCCCUAUCAUUGUUUACUAAAGACAAAUAUAGUAACAGUUCAUUACUGUUUAAAAGCAGAUAUGAUAAUGAUAUCAAAUAUUCCCACUUACCAACUACAGGAGAUUGA